AUGAAGUUCUUCGUACUGCUCGUGUGUUGUUUAUCAACAUUCGCAACUAAUAAUAAUUACUAUGCCAGUGCAAAUACGAAUGUCGUGAGUAGUGCAAAAAGUCAUAAAACUCAUGCGUUAAAAGCGAGAAAUUUUAAUAAAGUAUUUGAGCAAUACAUGAAGGAGGCACAGGUGUACAUGCCAUCGAGCAAUGAAACGAUGAUCGAGAACCACUUUUACGACGACGAUACAAAUAAAGACAUGCUGAAGAAUUGCGAGGCGGAGGCAGUUGCCUUUGAAUUUGUUUACGAUCACGUUCUCUUUGCGCCACACAACGUCCUCGAAUCCAUCGGCAACGUUCAAUCCGUCAAGGAAUGUCAAGCUUACUGCAAGAACAACGGCAAAUGUCGUUCGUUCAUCUUCUACGAUGGCGGUUGCAUCUUCCUUUCUGCCACGGAACCAAUGUUGCCUGCCGAACGCUUCGUGAUACCCGAAAGUGGCGGAAACUACAUUUACGGCGAAAAAUAUUGCCAAAAACAGGCUUUAAAGUGCGGCGAAAAUCCAGCUCAAGUUUAUCGCUUCCCCGGAUACAAAAUUAGCGAGAAAUUCGUGAAGAAGACGAAGAAAAAUGUGGCCACGAAACAAGCGUGUUACGAAUUGUGCGUGAAAGAAAAGAAAUUUGAUUGCAGAUCAGCGAAUUUCAACACAACAGGAGGAAUUUGUGAACUUUCCGACAUGAAUCGGUUCACAGUGUUUGCAGCAAAUUCGUUACAACGCUCGGAAGAGAUGAUUUACCUCGAAAACAAUUGCGUUUAUGAGCCGAAGGAACGUUGUCACUUCCGAACUAUUAAAGGACAGUUACCACGUCACGUAGAUGCCUUUUACGAAAUUGACAUGCCCGACGAUUGCAAGACUCUUUGUUUGAAUGCGACUUUUGGAUGUCGCUCCUAUUCGGUUUUGAACGAGAAAUUGUGUCUUUUGACCCAUGACACGGAAAAAACUCGUCUCGCCUAUGACAAAGCCGUCUCUUAUCCCAUCGAGGAUGCCAUGACGUACGAAAAACUCGAUUGUUUCGACAUAAAAUUGGAUUGUCGCAAAGAUGGAAUGGUUUUGAAAACGAGCAGUUCGAAGAUGUUCAACGGAAAAAUUUAUUCGAAAGGCAGUCCAACGAAUUGUGUCACAGAUGUCACUUCUGCGAUGAAUUUUGAGCUUAAAGUUCCCUACAACGAUGUCGCUUGUGGCGUUUCGCAAGUAGCUGAUGGUUAUUUCAUGGGAGAUUUUGUAAUUCAACACAUGAAAAAUGUUCUUACAGUGAAUGAUGUUUGGGUUUCCGCCUCCUGUCAAUUCGAUUUGCAAAGUCAAACGGUUCAAAGUGAGCAAGGAUACGCCAUGUUGGAUUCCUACGCCCUUAAAAAUGCCGAAGGAGCUGUUUAUGGCAAAAACGAGUACAAAAUUGACAUUCAUGUUGAAAAACCAACCAUUCAAUUCCAAGUUGUGCAUGAUAAUUUCACUUCUUUGACUGAAACUCCCAAUAUUGGAGAUGCCCUCGCUGUGCUUAUUCGUGUCGCUAACGAAUCCAGCCCUUAUGACAUUUUCAUCCGUGAUCUAGUUGCCUUUGAUCAAGAUGGCGCCGAGGAAAUUCAAUUAAUUAACGAACGAGGAUGCCCCGUUGAACCAACUAUCAUGGGGGCUGUUGAUAAAGUUGACGAUAAAAAACCUGUGAGACUUUUCGCUCCUUUCUCAGCUUUUAAAUUCCCGACUUCAGAUACUGUUCAAUUCCGCUGUUUGGUCUCUUUGUGCAUUCCGAAGUGCGAGCCAGUCGAUUGUAGUCUCAAUAACGGAUAUUACUCGGAGCACGUUGAAUCACGAGGGCGUCGAAGACGUAGCGUUGAUGCUUUUAGCGGUAAAAACAUCAGCAAAAAAGACAUUUUAUUGAGUCAUUCACUGAAGAUCAGCGACAUUCGCAUCAUGGAUAACUUACUACAAGACUCAGCUUCGUUAAAAUUGACACACGAAGAGGAACAAAUCAAAAAUAGCUAUCGGAAAACGCCUGCGAUGAAAUUUAUGGACUUUGAAGAUAAUGGAAGUUGUAUGACGCAAUCAUAUUACAUCUUCAUUGGAGCUCUCAUUAUUGCGAUCGAAGUGAUUUUAACCAUUAUGUAUAUGCUUUGUUGCAGCAACAAACGCAAAUAA